AUGUACCAUUUUAAUCAGACUAAUCAGUCAUCGACCUCGGGAUCUCAACGUGCUGGUAAUGCAUUCUCCGCUUUUGGAAUAUCCCAUACUUCAAAUUCAGCUGCUGCAACAGCCACUACUACCACAAGUACUCAUGAUAGUGGCGAUGAAACUCCUCAUGAUCAAGGACCAUUACCUAUUGCGCUGUCAUUAACAGGUAAUAACAGCAACAGUACAAGCUCUAAUAAUGUUGCUGGCGCUUUGCAUAAUAGUAUAGCCGCAAUGACUGCUGCCGCUACUGCUACAACUACUAAUACAACCGCAGCUACUAAUCAUUUGUUAAAUGUAAAUAAUGCUCCACAUGGAACUGCUGCUACAGCGGCGGCUGUAGCAGCAGUUGCGGCUAAUUCAUAUGCAACUACAUCAGCUGCCGCCACAGCUGCCGCCACGGCUGCCGAUUUAGCAAUGGGUAAUAGUAAUGGUGAUUCGAAUACUAACUCUAAGAACGUUCGCCAUUAUGUUUAUUCAGCAGAUCAACCAAAUGCAGAUUCUUUGUUACAUUUGGAUCUACCAGAAAAUACAAUCUUACCACCAAAACUUGACUCAAAGGAAUUAAAGAAAUUAAAGGACAAGAAUGGAUUAUUUAGUCUAAGAUUGACACCUUUCAUUGAUAACGUCUCCACAACAAAUCAAGGUCUUUAUUUUGAUCCCAUUGUAAGAACUGCAGGUCCAGGAUCACAAUUAGUCAUUGGAAGAUAUACAGAAAGAGUUCGUGAAGCAAUCUCAAAAUUACCUGAAAAUUAUCAUCCAGUAGUAUUCAAAUCAAAAGUUAUAUCAAGGACUCACGGUUGUUUUAAAGUCGAUUCCCAAGGGAAUUGGUUCAUUAAGGAUGUCAAAUCCUCCUCAGGUACUUUUUUAAAUCAUCAACGUCUUUCGCCUGCUUCUACUUUAUCAAAGGAUAUUCCAUUACAUGAUAGUGAUGUAUUACAACUUGGUAUGGAUUUUAGAGGUGGGACAGAAGAAAUAUAUAGAUGUGUGAAAAUGAGAAUCGAACUUAAUAAAUCAUGGAAGAGGAAAGCAAAUGCAUUCAAUAAAGAAGCUUUAAACAAGAUUAAAGAAUUGCAAAAAUUAACCAAUGGUGGAAUAGAUGAAGAAGAUUGCUCCAUUUGUUUAAGUAAAAUUAAACCAUGUCAAGCAAUUUUCAUCUCACCCUGUUCCCAUAGUUGGCAUUUCCAUUGUGUAAGAAGAUUAGUUAUGUCUUCUUAUCCACAAUUUGUUUGUCCAAACUGCAGAGCCGCUUGUGAUUUAGAGGCUACAAUAGAAUCUAGUGACUCAGAAGAUGCACUUUCAGAUGCAGAAGAAGAACAAAUACAAGAUAACAUUAACAGCAAUAGCAUACAAGAGAGUAGUAAUGAUGGUAAUAAUAAUAAUAACAAUUCAAUACGUACUGGCCAAUUAGAUCCAUCUUUUCGUUUGGCAAGCACCAGUAUUCAUCAUGAUAGUAAUAAUCAUAAUAAUAUGGUUCAGGAUAGUCAGUUAGAUCCAAAUGUACUCAACGGUCUAGGAGUCCAAUUAGACGAUCCGAAGAAUGAUAUCGAUAUGGAGAGCUGA